AUGCUAUUCUCUUGGAUGUUUAUCCCUUUUUUUUUUCAGGUUCCAAUUUUUAUGUGCUCCUACAGCAGCAAUGAGUGCUUAGUCAGAAUAAAUUACAGUUUAUAUGGUAAAGGAAAUGUAGUGAUUGCUGGAUUUUUCCCUGCUUUUGCUGUCUACCCACUCGACAAAACAACUGAUUGGAGGAUGAUUACAUUUACCCAAGAUGUUAUGGUCGAGUUUAAGUUGAAGAACUACCAAUGUAUUUUGGCCAUGAUGUUUGCCAUUGAGGAGAUCAACAGUAACCCCUAUCUUUUACCCAACACAUCCCUCGGAUUUGAAGUCCAUAAUGUCCCAUAUGGUCAAAAGAAUACUCUGGCCAGUAUUUUUUGCUCACUUUCAGGGCUUAGUCAUGGCAUUCCUAACUACAGAUAUAAAACAGAGAGGAACUCAGCUGCUAUACUUACAGGACCAUCAUGGGCAAUAUCUGAAUACAUAGGGACAUUGCUGGAUCUUUACAAAUUUCCACAGUUUACUUUUGGACCUUUUGAUACUAUCCUGAGUGAACAGAGACAGUUUUCUUCUUUGUACCAGGUGGCUCCUAAGGAUACUUCUCUGGCAGUUGGCAUUGUAUCUUUGAUGCUUCAUUUCCACUGGAUUUGGGUGGGGCUGUUCAUCAUAGAUGAUCACAGAGGUGCCCAGACGCUGUCAGAUUUGAGAAGCCAAAUGGAUAAAAACGGAGUCUGCAUAGCAUUUGUGGAGAUGAUCCUAGUCAGCAGGGGUUCAUUUCUGACCAAAUCCUGGAAAAAUAAAGUUCAGAUCCUGGAUUCAUCAACAAACGUGAUUGUUAUUUAUGGGGACUCUGAUUCUCUGUUAAGCUUAAUAGUAAACAUAAAGCAGAAGUUACUUACAUGGAAGGUCUGGGUCCUGAACUCACACUGGGACAAUUCAAAAUUUGAUGAAUAUUUCAUGUUAGAUUCAUUGCAUGGGGCCCUUAUUUUUUCACACCACAAUAAGGAGAUUAUUCAUUUUACAGAUUUUAUCCAGACAGUCAAUCCUUCCAAAUACCCAGAAGACAUUUAUCUUCAUCUAUUGUGGCACAAAUUCUUCAAUUGUUCAUUUUUGAGGAAAGAUUGUAAACUUAUGGAUAACUGUCUGCCUAAUGCCUCCUUGGAACUCUUGCCCGGGAACAUAUUUGACAUGGCCAUGAGUGAGGAGAGUUACAAUGUGUACAAUGCUGUGUAUGCUGUGGCCCACAGUCUGCAUGAGAUGACUCUCAAUCAAGUACAAUUUCAAACUCAAGAAGGAAAAGAGAUGGCAUUCUCCCCUUGGCAGCUUCACCAUUUUCUAAAGAACGUAGAACUCAUCAAUCCUGCUGGAGACCCUGUGGUCCUGGACUGGAAAAGGAAAUCACAUGCAGAAUACGACAUUCUCAAUUUUUGGAAUUUCCCUAAAGGUCUUGGGCUAAAUGUGAAAGUGGGAACAUUUUUUCCAAAUGCUCCAGAGGGCCAGAAAUUGUCCUUAUCUAAUCACAUGAUACAGUGGGCCACAGGAUUGACAGAGAUUCCCCAGUCUCUAUGCAGUGAAAGAUGUCAUCCUGGAUUCAGAAAAUCCCACCAGGAGGGCAAGGCUGCCUGUUGCUUUGACUGCACUCCUUGCCCAGAGAAUGAGAUUUCCAAUGAGACAAGUAUGGAUCAGUGUGUGAUGUGUCCGGAAACUCACUAUGCAAACACAGAAAAGAGUCACUGCCUACAGAAAACUGUGACAUUUCUGGCCUAUGAUGACCCCUUGGGAAAGCUACUCACCUUCAUCUCCCUGAGUUUCUCCUCACUCACAACUGUUGUUCUUGGGGUAUUUCUGAAGCACAGAGACACUCCAAUUGUCAAAGCCAAUAACCGAACUCUCAGUUAUAUCCUGCUCAUCACUCUGACACUAUGUUUUCUCUGUCCCUUCCUCUUCAUUGGCCAUCCUAGCACAACCACCUGUAUCCUGCAGCAAAACAUUUUUGGACUUCUCUUCAGUGUGGCCCUUUCUGCUGUGUUGGCCAAAACUAUCACUGUAGUUAUAGCCUUCAAAAUCACUGCUCCAGGAAAAGUUAGGAGAUGGAUGCUUGUAUCACGGGCCCCUAAUUUCAUUAUCCCCAUCAGCACCACCAUUCAAGUUGUUCUUUCUGGAAUUUGGCUGGCAACCUCUCCUCCCUUUGUUGAUAAAGAUGCUCACUCAGAACAGAAACACAUCAUCAUCAUUUGCAACAAAGGCUCAGCUAUUGCCUUCCACUGCAUCCUUGGAUACCUGGGAGCACUGGCCUUAGGAAGCUACCUUACGGCUUUCUUGUCCAGGAACCUGCCUGACACGUUCAAUGAAGCCAAGGUCCUAGCUUUCAGCAUGCUAGUGUUCUGCAGUGUCUGGAUCACCUUCCUCCCAGUCUACCACAGCACCAAAGGGAAGGUUACAGUGGCAAUGGAAAUCUUCUCUAUCUUGGCUUCCAGUACAUCACUCUUGGGCAUCAUCUUUGCUCCCAAGUGCUACAUCAUAUUAUUAAGGCCAGAAAGGAACUCACUUUAUCACAUCAGAGACAGAACAUAUGCUAGGAUGAAAAAUCUUAAAACCUAG